ACGGAAAAAGACUAUACUACAAACGGCCGACAGCGCCCGACGCGCUCCGUUCGGUUCGGUAGCUCGGAGCUGUUGACGGAAUCCGAAGCCCCAUUCGGGAUCCCCUCGGCCGUGCCGUGUCGUGCGUGCCUGUGUGUGUGCGCGAUGGUUUUAAAAACCAACUACCGGCGGCUGGAGCGUCUCACAGCUUCGCGUGAAGCCGUUCAGCGAGGCACGCAAGCAGCAGCAGCAGCAGCAGAAGUCGCUGGUCGUGUUGGUGUUUCUGCACGACACGACAUACACACAGCUUCCACGCAGCACACGCAGCGACACGAACCGUUCAUCAGUUGCAGUUGCGAUCCAGCGCUUCAACCGACCGGUGGCAGUACCUUGCUGCGGUGCUGUUUUGGUGUACCCUGUUUUGUUUUCCGUGGAUUGGAUUUGCCGCGCGCCGCGCAACGAACGAACAUCGAAUCUGUUCUGUUUUUCUGAUGGAUUCAGAGUACUGUGUAAUAUCUGUGUGUCCGCGCGUGUGUGUGUGUGUGCUGUAGUGUGAGGUGAAGUGAGGUGAAGUGGUACCGGCCCGGCUAGGCCAUUGCAAUCAGCCCCAUCAUCAUCAGUCAAUAGAAGGCACUGACUCCGGACGGAGCACGGAGCAGCAGCAGCAGGAGGCACGUUGCAUCAAUCAACGUAAAGUGUCCUUUCCAAGUGCGGUUUGUGUGUGUGUGUGUGUGCUGCACACGUUGCAGGUGGUGUAAGCCGACGAGUGGGCGACGGCACCUCACUCGCUCACUAUGUCGCCUGGCGUACCCUGCUGGCGCUGUAAGGUGAAGCAGGUACGCGUUCCCGGGGUGGCACUGCCGAGCAGGAGCACCCUUCCAGCGCUACGGUGGCGCUACGACAGUUCGACAUUCACCUAGGAACCCGAGGCCACAGGACACAACAGAACACCAGCCAGUCGUCGGUCGGUCGGGCCACAACGAAUGCAAAUCGAAACCUCGCGAGUGUGCGGGGACAGGCCGGAAGCAGCACCCUCACCCUACCCUCCAACACACAUUAGUCCCGCACGGGCACGGUUGGGAGGAGAAGGAGAAAUUACAGAACAGUGAGCAUGACACUACAGCUGCUACACGGUACCGUGGUCGUCGUGUAAAGGGCCCCCGUCAGAAUCCGCCCCGUCACCAGACCAGACCCCCCAUCCCCAUCAGCUGGCCCAUUUUGACGAGUAGCGAACGCACACACACAGUAAGCAUCAAAGGUGAAGGGUGCGAAAAACAACGACAAAAACAACAAACACGAAAAAACAACCACAACAACGGGAGGUACAUCGCGCGGAGGAUCGCGUGCGCUUUUGCGUGACCUCGACUCACACCCUCUCCCCUACCACCACACCACAGGACAUUCUGAUCGUGUCGAACGAUAGCUUUUGCCGCGUGAUUAAUAAGGAGCGCUUCUUCGCGACAGCAGCACACAACAGCAAACGAAGGGGAGAAAGAGACAAAGAAAGAGAGAGUACGAGUAGCACGAGUGGCAAAAGACACGCGGCCGUAGGAUGGGUGUCAAUUCGUCGUCACGCCAGGAUGCGAACCUGCUAUCGGAUGAGGAUGUGAACUUCGACCACUUCCAAAUACUGCGCAACAUCGGCAAGGGCAGCUUCGGCAAGGUGUGCAUCGUGCAGAAGAAGGACAGCGGCAAUCUGUUCGCGAUGAAGUACGUCAGCCGGAGCGUCUGCAUUGGGCGCGGUGCGCUCGGUGGUGUGCUGAAGGAGGUCGAGCUGCUCGCCUCGCUGGAGCACCCGUUCCUGGUGAACCUCUGGUUUUCCUUCCAAGACGAGGAGGAUCUGUUUAUGGUGUGCGAUCUGCUGGCCGGUGGCGAUCUGCGCUACCAUCUGCAGCAUCAGCAGGUGGAGUUCUCCGAGGCGAGCGUCGGGCUGCUGGUGUGUGAGCUCGGCUCAGCCCUGGAUUACCUGCAGAAGGAGCGUGUCGUGCACAGAGAUAUCAAGCCCGACAACAUCCUGCUGGACGAGGAAGGGCACGCUCACUUGACGGACUUCAACAUCGCCACCCGCCUGCCACCGGACGGGCUCGCCUGCAGCAUGUCCGGCACGAAGCCGUACAUGGCGCCCGAAGUAUUCCUGUGUGCCUUAGAGGAAGUCGCCGGCUACAGCUACCCGGUGGACUGGUGGAGUCUUGGCGUGGUGGCGUACGAGAUGCGGUGCGGGGUCCGACCGUUCGUCGUGCACUCGUCGACGCCGCUGGCCGAGGUGAAGAACGUGUUGAACACGCAGCCCCACUUUCCGCGCCACUGGAGUGAUCAGUUCGUCGAUCUGCUCUCCAAGCUACUGAACGUGCAUCCGGGCGCAAGGUUGAGCACGCUCAAGGAGCUGCAGCUGACGCGGUUGCUGCGCGGUACCGACAUGGAGCGAGUGCUUGCCAAGCGCACCAACCCACCGUUCAAGCCUUCGAAGGAGCACCUCAACUGCGAUCCGAGCCUCGAGCUGGAGGAGAUGAUCGUCGAGACGAAGCCGCUGCAUAAGAAGAAGAAGCGGCUGGCGAAGCAGCGCUCGAUCCACAAGGAAAACAACGCCUCAGCAGACCAGCGACAGCAGCAACACCAACCGGAGCAGCAGCAGCAGCAAGAGCCGCAGCAGCACCAACACCACCACCCCCAUCACCAUCACCUGCUGGACAAUCAGCUGCUGAAGGAGUUCCUGGUGUACAACCGGUACAAGGAGCUGCGGCGCAAGGCGAUGGAAGCGAAGGAGUCCGAGUGGCAGCAGGAGCUCGACCAGGCCAUGGCCGCCUCGCACGUCACGCCACCCUCCCCGCUCGCACCGAUCGCCGAGCAGGGAGGGGAGUCCGCGGAGACCGCGGAGACGCCGAGUGGUCACUCCGUGCCCCCGCCAACACCCAAACCCCAAGCGCAACCCACCGCCGGUGCUGGAGACAGCCUCGACUACAUCGACCGGACACCGUCGCCCAAGGGUGGCAUCUAGGCCAUUCUAGCACGCCACCACCGGCCCCUUCCUGUGAUAUCCUUCGAUCAUGGCA